ACAAUCGUGGUACUGUGUGUAUGAAAAUAUAAAAAUUUUAUAUGAGUACGUGCUGCUUGAUAGUUACUAGUAAAUCUGAAUAAUUGUAGUAAGUACAGAUUUAUUUGGAAAGAAAGUGAAAUAAAUGAUUUUUAUGACUGUAUACAGUUUACUACAUAAAUGCAUAUUACUUGUUAUCAUGUCUAACAUUGGUUAAUUUUUAAUCUUAACCUUAAACUUAACCUUAAAGUCAAUUGAGUCAACGGCCCAACAUGGAAAAUCAAAACGCUAUGACAGUUAAAAGCAAUAAUCCUGCUCCCACAGUGGAACAGAUUAAUGCUGAUCGUAUAACACAGCUUGCAAAUAAAUAUUGGGCACCACAUACUAUAGAUUCACAUCUUCCAUUCAGUUCACAAAUAGUAGAAGAUAUUUACAUCCAAGAAAUAUGUGCAUCUAAAUUUUCUAUUCGAAGAAUUAUGAUGUUAGAGUUCAGUCAGUAUUUAGAAAAUUUUCUAUGGCCAUAUUACAAUACAAAAAUUGCAACUCGUGCUCAUACUAUGUCCAUUGUUGUUAUGGUGAAUGAAAAAUUUCGAGAACGUGUUCAAGUUUGGAAAGUAUUUGAGAAACUUCCAGAAUAUUUUUCUGAAUUUUUCCAAAAAGUCUUAGAGACAUGCCUUGAAGACAGUAUAAUGGACUUUGAUUUGAAAGAACAAACAGCACUGAUCGUUUUUUUGAAUCAUUGUUUUAAUUCCAUGGAAGUAUUAUUAGUUAGAGAAGAAGUAAAACGGCUGGUGUCAUUGUCCAUGUGGAUUUCAUUGCAACAAGGUCGUAGAGAAUUAGAGUUUAGGAAAUAUCCAAAGUGGAGAAAGUACUGGAAGGUUAUAAUGAAAAAAGAUAAUCCUGAAUGUAAAGAAAAGUUAGAGUGGGAACGUAAAUUUUUACACAGAUUAAUGAUAAAAUUUAUGACAAUAUUGGAAACAGUACCGGAGGAAGGACCACUCUUACCAGAUAAGGUACGAUAUUGUGAAAGGUUUCUUGAGUUAGUAAUAGAUUUAGAAGCUCUAUUACCAACUAGACGUUUCUUCAAUACUGUUAUGGAUGAUUGUCAUUUGGUAGUGAGAUGUCAGCUAUCCAAUUUAUUACAUCGUCCAGAAGGUGAAUUGUUUGGCCAGCUAUUAGAAAUGUUGAAGUUUUACGCGAGGUUUGAAAUCAAUGAAGAAAGCGGCGACCCCCUCACUGAUCACGAUAUGACACAAUUGCAUUACACUAAAAUUACUUCGCUUCAGAAAGCAGUUUUUGCGAAGUUCCCGGACUUACGAAGCUUUGCGUUGGCGAAUGUAGCGAGCGUUGAUACGAGAGAAGCUCUUUAUAAACACUUCGGGUUACUCAGUCAAGAGAAGCUAAGAUCAAUUGCAAGUUACCUCAGUUUGGUACCAUCGGAAGAACGCGAGAAAGAUGAGAAUUGGUACCGGUAUGAUAUAGACUUUCUUCGAGAACUUUUGAUUUCACGUCACGAGCGUAGAGCUUCUCAGUUAGAGGAGCUCAAUGAAAUGCCACUUUAUCCAACAGAAGAGAUCAUUUGGAACGAGAGUAUUGUACCGACAGAAUAUUUUUCUGGCGAAGGUUGUUUAGCUUUGCCAAAAUUGAAUCUGCAAUUUCUUACUCUGCACGAUUAUUUACUGAGAAACUUCAAUCUAUUUCGACUUGAAUCAACUUAUGAAAUACGGCAAGAUAUCGAAGAUGCUGUGAGCAGACUAAGCCCUUGGCGAGCCGAAGAUGGUGGUGUUUACUUCGGCGGUUGGGCUAGAAUGGCUCAACCUAUUACACAAUUUGCUGUAGUCGAGGUAGCGAAACCUAAUAUUGGCGAGAAAAGACCAUCCAGAGUACGUGCUGAUGUCACAAUAAAUUUAAGUGUUCGUAAAGAAAUUAAGUCUGAAUGGGAAAACCUCCGGAAACACGAUGUCUGUUUCCUCAUUACAGUUAAACCACAAAACCCAAUCGGUACAAAAUACAGUCACAAAGUACCUUUUGUACCACAAGUUGGAUUAACAACUGUACGAGGAUGUGAAGUUGAAGGUAUGUUAGAUUCAAACGGUAGAGUAAUCGAAGAUGGACCUGAACCACGCCCGAUUUUACCUGGAGAUACUCGCACGUAUAGAGUUUGGCUAGAUUGUAAUCAAUAUAGAAUUGAUAUGGAUAAUGCUAGCCAUGGUGGUGAAGAUGUAUAUGAAAGUUUUAACAUCAUAAUGAGACGUAAACCUAAAGAGAAUAAUUUCAAAGCAGUUUUGGAAACGAUAAGAGAGCUUAUGAAUACAGAAUGCGUCGUACCCUAUUGGUUGCAUGACAUAAUUCUCGGAUAUGGUGAUCCUGGUGCUGCUCGUUAUUCUAGAAUGCCAAAUGAAAUUGCAUCAAUGGAUUUCAAUGAUACAUUUCUUGAUAUAAAUCAUUUAAAAAAUAGCUUCCCUCAAUAUGAAAUUAAGGUUUCUACCAAUGAUGAAUCGAAAUUAGUACGUCCUUUUCGUUUAACAUUUGAAGAUGUACUUGCGAAACAUAAUGUUGAACCCGUAAAGAAAGUUAUCAAAAUUGAACCUCAUGUGCCACCCAGUAGAGGCCCUUAUAAAGCUAAUGAACCAAAAAAAAAUCAGAUUCCUUUUACACCAACGCAGGUCGAAGCCAUUCGUGCAGGUAUGCAACCAGGAUUGACGCUUGUUGUAGGUCCUCCUGGUACUGGUAAAACGGAUGUCGCUGUUCAAAUUAUAUCAAAUCUUUAUCAUAAUUUCCCGAAUCAGAGAACCCUUAUAGUUACACAUUCUAAUCAAGCACUGAAUCAACUUUUUGAGAAAAUCAUGGCACUUGAUAUAGAUGAAAGACAUUUAUUGCGUCUUGGUCAUGGCGAAGAAGCGCUAGAAACUGAGAAAGAUUUCAGCAGAUACGGUAGAGUUAAUUAUGUUCUAGCUAAACGUUUGGAUCUUUUAAUGGAAGUUCAAAGAUUACAGGAAUCUUUAAACGUAAAAGGUGAUGUCGCAUAUACAUGCGAAACAGCAGGACACUUUUUUAUGUAUCAAAUACUCACAAGAUGGGAACGCUUUGAAACCAGAAUUAAGCAAAGACAGGGGACAGGAAAUAAUGCAUCUGCUGCUUUUAUCAUAGAUGAGGAAUUUCCAUUUCAUAAAUUCUUUGACAAUGCGCCAAAACCAUUAUUUAAAAGAAAUUCGUAUGAAGAAGAUCUUGAAAUAGCAUGCAGUUGUUUUCGAUAUAUAGAGCGGAUUUUUGCUCAAUUAGAAGAGUUUAGAGCUUUCGAGUUAUUACGAUCUGGCUUAGAUAGAUCGAAAUAUUUAUUAGUCAAAGAAGCAAAAGUUAUUGCUAUGACUUGUACUCAUGCUGCUCUUAAAAGACGUGAACUAGUAGACAUGGGAUUUAAAUACGACAACAUUCUCAUGGAAGAAUCUGCUCAAAUUUUAGAAAUUGAAACUUUUAUACCGUUAUUACUACAGAAUCCACAAGAUGGAUAUAAUCGAUUGAAACGUUGGAUAAUGAUAGGAGAUCAUCAUCAGUUACCACCAGUUAUUAAAAACAUGGCUUUCCAGAAAUAUUCAAAUAUGGAACAAUCUCUUUUUGCAAGAUUUGUACGAUUGGGUGUUCCUACAGUUGACCUCGAUGGUCAAGGUCGUGCAAGACCCAGCAUUUGCAAUUUAUACAACUGGCGUUAUAAAAAAUUGGGCAAUCUUGCACAUGUGGAAAAUAGCCCGGAAUACUUAGUGGCAAAUGCUGGAUUCUUAUAUGACUUUCAACUUAUUAAUGUCGAAGAUUUCAAUGGAGUGGGUGAAAGUGAACCCAGUGCCUACUUUUAUCAAAAUCUCGCUGAAGCUGAGUAUUGCGUAGCUGUAUUUAUGUACAUGCGUCUUCUUGGCUAUCCAGCAGACAAAAUUAGUAUAUUAACUACUUAUAAUGGACAAAAACAUUUAAUAAGAGACGUAAUAAACAUAAGAUGUGCUAGCAAUCCUUUGAUAGGUCGACCAAAUAAAGUAACAACAGUUGAUAAAUACCAGGGUCAACAAAACGACUAUAUAUUACUAUCUCUUGUGAAAACUCGAGCUGUCGGUCACUUACGAGAUGCACGACGAUUAGUAGUCGCUAUGUCAAGAGCGCGUCUUGGCCUUUAUGUUUUUGCUAGAGUAUCUCUUUUUAACAACUGUUUUGAAUUAACACCCGCAUUUGCUCAGCUAAUGCAGCGGCCAUUAAAACUACAGCUUCUUCCUCAAGAACAUUAUCCUACCGAGAGACUUAAUAAUGCUAAUCUCUCUACUUCACCAAUGGAAAUUGAAGACAUGCCUCAUAUGGCUAAAUUUGUCUACGAUUAUUACAUAGAAAAAGUUAGUGGUAUAAAAGAAUCACAAAAAGUAUGGCAGAAACCAGGUAUGAUGCAAACACCUAACAGUCCAUCUUACAAAGUUCCUGCCCAUCCUGGAGCAGAUGAUGAUACGGAUGAUGAAGAAAUUAAUCAAAUGGAGGAUGAGCAGGAAAAUAUCAAAAAAGAAGAGAAUAAAGAACCAAAAUUUGAAUUAAUUAAAAAUUUAGUUGAGGACCUAACUUCGGAAAAUGAAGGCAGUGAUCGUUAGAGACAAGCUCAUACAUCUAUAAAUGAGCACUAAGUAAUAAUAAACAAAUAUUUUUACUAAAAAUACUCUUUUUUUAUUAAAAUUAUAUAUUAUUAUUACAUUGACAUGAUGUCGAAAGUUAUAGUAAGAUUAAAGAAUAUUUAUAUUUAUUAUAAAUAUCAUAUUCUGAUUUUCAUAUAUUUUAUGUAUUUUAUGUUCGCUUUAAAAAUGUUUUAGAUAAAUAGAUUCAUAUUUCA